AUGCUACCGACACAUUCCCAGCCACCAACUUCGAAACGGAAGGAAACAGACGACGGCAACCCACUGAGCAAGGCCACCAAACGACUAAAGAAAGAGGGAUCGACAAAGGCGGGCUCAGGGAGCAAACGAAAGUUGAAUGGGGAGGAGCAGCCAGGCGGCCUCGUCAUUGUACGCGCGCCCUCAGCGCGUCCGCGGUCCGCACAGGGAGGUGAAACGCUGCAGGUCGAGUCUGUCCCGCAGUCGCGAGCAUCUUCGCGCCCACCAUCUGCUCCACCACAUCAGCGCUCCACCGGCGAAUCAUCUAAGCCUCCCGCGAAGAAGUUCAGAGCUGACGGCACCGCCUCAUCCACGCGCGUGGUCUCGAAGAGCAAAGACAGGGAGGUCUUCACUAGUAACCGGGCAGAGCCAGAGGUCGAUGAGGAUGUGCGGUUGAUGCAGUCCGAGACAGAUACUCUUCGUCGGCGCUCGCAGGCGGCCGAGCAGUCCGCCGGCUCACUGAAUAACAAUGUUCAGUUCCUGCCCUCUAAAUCACCACGGCCACCCUCGAAUCAGAGAGUACAUGAUACUUCGCUACCACUACCGCAACAAGAAACUCCUCGGAUUGAGCGAAACAGGUUCAUGCGAGGGGAAGAGCCAAACCAUAGACGGAAGCGGUCGCUCAGUCGCGGUAAGCGGAUAAGCUCGAGCUACGAAAACACCGGCGUGAUCUCACACCCACACACGUCGGUCUCCGAUACUAGUUUCCACAAACACAUUGACGGCGAUCUUCCGGAACCCCAACGCGUCUGUCAGCUACUGAUAUGGUGCACACACCGCGCCAUGAAUGAACUCACCGACUUAUCAAGUCGUGCACCUUCAGAGCAGUCAUCGCACGCAUCAACCUCAAGACGAGAGGCGAAAAAACCUGGCAGAGACCCGCCCCCGCUAUCUACAGAUGGCAUUCAACUUCUGAAGAGGGUGGAGGAGGGCGUGAUGAAGAUGUUGGCGGAGAAGAAAAUCGAUACCAAUGUGUAUAGCUCUGGCGGGGUGUUGGACGCACGUGUGACCAAGCCAUUGAGGGAGAAUGAGCAGAACGUGAAGAAUCGAGCAAGGGAGGCUAGGUUCAACGCUCAUAAUCAGCGGUCCAGGGCCGAAGAUCUUGCCUGGAGCAAGGUGCAAGAUAACUAUAACGCGUACCGGAGCGAAAUUUUGGAGGAGAUCAGCAAGCUCGAGUCGGCGAAGUCCAAGGGGAAGCAGCGAGCAUCUGCAGACCAGCUCGACGAAUGGGAAGUAAACGAGUACGACUUGCCUCCUCAUUUCCGAGGCGGCGAGAACGUCGGUUUAGCCCGCAAGAUCAUCUCCGCUGGGUCGGACGGGAAGAGUCCGUUGCGAAGUCGUCUGGAGGAGCUGGAGUACGCGAUGGAUCGCCUCCACACCAUCGCCAAUUCUGCGUUGCACACAACGCGGAUGUCGGAAAUGGACCUCGAUCGUCGGUUCGCUCUGCUGAACAUCUCACUCGGUGCCCGCACGCAAGCCGCGCCAUCGGCGCUGCCCUCGUCUUCCACCUCUCUAUCAUCGUAUCUUCCCCCGAGUCUCACGCGUCCAUCGCCGACGACCGACCCUCAAGACCUACUACGAGCGCUAUCUCGCGUCGACGCGCAAAGGCCGCAAGCGCAGGUCGGUGAUGCGGCGCGGCGAGCUGUCAGGGAGGUGCAGCGCGCCCACGAUGCCACAAGUGGGGUGGCGGAAAGACGACUGACGGGUGUGCCUCCACCAACGCCGCGAAAGCCUCCAGGGACACCACGACGAGCUACCACACCUGGGAAGGGACGAUGA